AACACAAAGUGCUGCACUUAUAAACAGUAGGCCUACUGUUUAUAGUAUUUCACCAUCUGUAAACAAAUGUAGCCUAAGUAGUGAAUGUGUGUUCCUGGGGACACAUGGUAAGGUGGGCAGGCGUGGCUACAGUACCAGGGUUGAAUUUAUUUCCCAGUCUGCCCCUGCUUGUUGGCUAUAGCGCCUUUCUAGUCUUCUGACUACUCUCCUCCUGAGCCUCUGCUGCCCCAUGAUAUAGGCUAGCUGAACCUGGCAGUGGGGAGACUGUGAUAGAUUUGAUGAGGAUGAGAGACUGACUUUACAUGCAGAAUCAACCUCACAAAUCGCAGAAAUCAUGUAAAACAUGUGAAGAUAUUUUUUUGCACAUUUUCUGAUUUCAGACUUGUGUUAUUUCUUCUGCCUGAUAACAUAACUAGGGCGUGGGAGCUACGAACAGCCUACGUUUUUGGCGGGGAAAGGAUAACACAUAUCUCAAAUGUGAAAAAUGUAGAUCAUACCAUAGUCAUAAUAUAUGCAGCCCUACAGGCAAAAGAGCAAUGGUACAGAAUAUUAAUAAUCAAGCUGCAAGCUCUGUCUUGAUUCUCCUCGCCUGCCUGUCAUCACUAUGAUUGCAGGCGACUCACUCUGUGCGUCUAUUGGCUGACGUUUGGAGGAGAGGGCUGGGUUUGGACCCUUUGGGUGCGGAGGGAGUCUGAGGGAUGAAGGCGGACAGGAUGCAACUUCGCCUCAGCAGCGGGCCUCAUCCCUCCGUCCUCCCGGCGAUGCGCUGUGGGGUAUGACGCCAGGCCGUUUGACGAGCGCAUUACGUGGGACUGGCAGAGCAGCACAGCACCCUGGAUCCUAGUUAUGUAAUGCAUCGGAUGCUGCUGCACGUGAAUUGCAGGGUGAAAAACUGGCGGAUGGCUGAUUCAGUGACAAAUAACGGCGUGUUGGCGUUUGACUGAGCGUACAGGCGUCUGCUGUCUGCAAGUAGGCCUACAAUGAUAGAAGUACUUGUAAAUCGCUGGAGUGCAGUGUGAAUGAGUCAGUCUGGGCAUCAGUGGCCUAUCCGUGAGGUGCACAGACGUCUGGAGCCUGCGGAAGCUGCACAGCAUUUUUUUUUUUUUUUUUUUUUAAAUUUAGCCGACCAGAGGCGACUCAGUUUAAAUUCGUCUCCCAUAUCAGUGGAAAUAAACCAAUGCGGGUUUGUUUCAGAGAAGAAACAGGUUCACAUUUUGUUCUCAAUCGCACUGGUUUAAUCCAGCAGCCACUGAGCCGUGGUAUAAACAAUGGCGGGUCCCGAGCAGUCCCAGCAGCAGCAGCAGGUAGAGGAGAAGGCAGAGCACAUAGAUGAUGCUGAGAUGGCCCUGCAAGGUAUUAACAUGCUGCUCAACAACGGAUUCAAAGAAAGCGACGAGCUUUUCAGGAGAUACAGGACCCAGAGUCCACUGAUGAGCUUUGGGGCCAGUUUCGUCAGUUUCCUGAAUGCCAUGAUGACAUUUGAGGAGGAGAAGAUGCAGACGGCCUGUGACGACUUGAGGACCACUGAGAAACUGUGUGAGAGUGACAGCGCUGGAGUCAUAGAGACAAUCAGAAACAAGAUUAAAAAAAGUAUGGACUCCCAGAGGUCAGGCGUUGUGGUCGUGGACCGCCUACAGAGACAGAUUAUUGUUGCUGACUGUCAGGUGUACCUCGCCGUGCUCUCCUUCGUCAAGCAAGAACUUUCAGCUUAUAUCAAAGGAGGCUGGAUUCUUCGUAAGGCGUGGAAAAUGUACAAUAAGUGCCACAGUGACAUCAGCCAGCUGCAGGAGACCUGUCAGCGGGGGUCCUCGGUCCACCAGGAGUCCCUCACGACAGACAACGCCAACCACAAUGUGCCAGUGGAGAACGCAGUGACGCCCGAGGCCCUGGACCGGCUCAAGGGCUCCGUCAGCUUCGGCUACGGCCUCUUCCACUUGUGCAUCUCCAUGGUACCACCACACCUGCUCAAGAUUAUCAAUCUACUGGGUUUCCCUGGUGACCGUCUUCAGGGCCUGUCCUCCCUUAUGUAUGCGAGUGAGAGCAAAGACAUGAAGGCGCCACUAGCUACGUUGGCCCUCUUGUGGUACCACACAGUAGUGCUGCCUUUCUUUGCUCUGGAUGGCUCUGAUACACAUGAGGGGCUGCUGGAGGCCAAAGCUAUUCUGCAGAGAAAGUCGGUGGUUUACCCCAACUCAUCCCUCUUCAUGUUCUUUAAAGGACGGGUUCAGAGGCUAGAGUGCCAUAUCAACAGUGCUUUGGCCUGUUUCCAUGAUGCAUUAGAGCUUGCAUCAGACCAAAGAGAGAUUCAGCAUGUGUGUCUCUAUGAGAUUGGUUGGUGCAGCAUGAUAGAGAUGAAUUUUGAAGAUGCAUUCAGGUCGUUUGAAAGGCUGAAGAAUGAGUCGCGUUGGUCGCAGUGUUACUAUGCCUACUUGACCGGAGUGUGUCAGGGUGCUUCUGGUGACCUGGAUGGAGCAAGUGGCGUUUUCAAAGACGUGCAGAAGCUGUUCAAGAGAAAAAACAACCAGAUAGAGCAGUUUGCUGUCAAAAGGGCUGAGAGAUUGAGAAAGACUUCCCCGACCAGAGAGCUGUGCAUCCUCGGUGUAAUUGAAGUGCUCUAUCUGUGGAAAGCGCUUCAAAACUGUUCUUCUUCUAAACUGCAGAUAAUGAAUCAGGUGUUACAGAGUUUAGAUGAAGCUUCGUGCAGAGGCCUGAAACACCUCCUUCUUGGUGCCAUUCACAAAUGUCAUGGAAAUAUGAGAGAUGCUGUGCAGGUGAUCCAGGCAUUCCAGCUGGCUGCUAGAGAUGAGUACGGACGACAGAUCAACUCAUAUGUACAGCCAUAUGCUGUCUAUGAGCUUGGAUGUAUACUCCUUGCAAAACCGGAGACGGUGGGAAAGGGGAGGUCAUUGCUACUUCAAGCUAAGGAGGAUUUUACAGGCUACGACUUUGAGAACAGACUUCAUGUCCGCAUCCAUUCAGCCCUUGCUUCUUUGAAGGAAGUAGUGCCUCAGUGACUCCAGGAAAGGAACCUACAAUACGCCAAGCCUUUCAAAAUAACUGUAUGACAUCCCAGUGAACAGAGUCCUGUGUUUUUCAUUCUUAAAGGAGAUACACUUG